AUGAAUAUCUCCUCAGUACACGUCAUUAGAAAAAUCAAGAGUCAUUUCGCGAGACACGGCAUACACGAACAGGUGAUGACUGACAAUGGCCCCCAGUUCGUGGCACACGAUUUCCAGAUAUUUACUAAGGAAUGGGACUUCGAGCACGUCGCCUGUAGUCCAUACCACAGUCAUGCGAAUGGUAAAGCCGAAAGCGCUGUAAAAGAGGCUAAGAAAAUCCUAAGAAAGUCGAAGAAAGCAAAGUCAUACGCCUUUUGGGCGGUUCUUGACCAUCGAAAUACCCCCUCUGCGAGCAUGAAGAGCAGUCCAGCGCAGCGCCUGUUGAAUAGGCGGGCGAGAACCUUGUGGCCAACAACAGCGAAGCUGCUACAACCACAAUCGAUUGACAACGGUACCACGGUAAAGAAACAAGCGGAGCGGAAAAGACAACAAGACAAGUAUUACAACAGGGGAGCUGUCGAAUUGAAAUAG